AGGUUGAGCAAAUAUUGAUUAGAUGCUGAUGUGUGAAAUUUUAUGCGUUUCGUAAGGGGAGGAAGUGCCGCGCCGCUGCUGGUCCUCGCCGCAGCACCGGGAGCGGGAAGACGCGCUAGAACAUGUUCGUGGAAGCUCAAACAUUCUCGACAGUCGUCUUUAGAACAGCCGUGCGUGUCCGGUGAUCCUGUGUGGGCGUGUCCGUCUCGCCUCCAAGGUCACGGUUGGAUGAGGUGAAGUUACCCCGCGACCAUUGCCAGGCCUGAACACCGUUAAAAGGCAACGCUGUGAUCUCGUCAAGAGUGCGCGCUGGUAACCCAAUGAAAGGACGACAAAGUGAGCCCCGGCAAAGGCAACGCAGUCAAUUCCAUAAAGGAAGAGGAAGUGAACCCCUCAACAAGGCAGCUGCGAUCCCCGUGUGAUGGCGACGCAGUGAACCCCGUUAAUUAAAGAGCUUUACAGUGACAAAAGGAACAUUACCUGUGCGCGGCGCGGUGACGUGUGAGCUGCAAACCGUUUGGACUGUCUUUCAACAUCACUCAGCAGGAUGCCACGCCAGGCUGGCCAGCUCUCCUCCACCUUUGUCACGCUCCUUGCCUCCACCCUGCUCAACCUCUGCUCGGCGCUGGAGAUGAAGAAAAUCCCAGUGGUGGCGGUGACGGGGCUGCGAGGCUCGUCCGCGGCGCUGCCCUGCGACGUGUCCCACCCCCCAGACGACUCCAUCUACCUCAUCCUGUGGUUCCGCGACCCCCUCACCACGCCCAUCUACAGGCUGGACGAGAGGUGGUUGAGGCGAGGGAGAGAGAGGCACUGGGUUGACCCGGAGCUGGGAUCGCGGGCCAACCUGGAAGUCGAGUCGUCGCCAGCGCUACUCCGCGUGUCCCGCCUCCACCUCGCAGACUCGGGCCUUUACAAGUGCCGGGUGGACUUCAAGCUGCAGCCCACCAAGACCACCCGAGUCAAUCUCACCGUAGUGGUGCCGCCAGAGAGCGUGCGUGUGCUGAUGGGUGGGGCCAACGGAGGCGGCGGCGGCAGGGAGGUGAGCAGCGUGGUGGGACCUUACCACGAGGGUGACCUGCUGGUGCUGACCUGCGUGGCACAAGGAGGCAUCCCUCCUCCUUCCGUCGUCUGGUUCAAGGACACACAUCUCCUGGACAGCAAGAUGGAGUCCCUCACACAGUUCCCGGCCGAGCCAGGGCCUGCGGGGGGCGGCAACGCCAUCCUCAACACAACCCUUCCUGCCAGGCUGACCACGCCCAGCGCACGGAGCGGGAACAUAGCCCCCACGAUGGGUCCCGGGCCCCCGAGGAUGGCGGCGGAGGGGCCCUUCAACACCCUCACGCUGGGACCCCUCACGCGCAACGACCUGAAGCUGUUGUUGACGUGCGAGGCGUCCAACAAUAACCUGACGCUGCCCACCUCGUUAGUCGUGAUGGUGGACAUGAACCUCCCGGCGUUGUCCGUGGAAGUGUCGGGGCCGGAGCAACCGCUGCUGGCCGGCCGAAAAUACCGCGUUGUGUGUGAGGUGCGGGGAUCCAGGCCGCCUCCAACCAUCACCUGGCACCUCAACACCGCCAGACUCCCGAACGUCACUGAUGUGACCUCAGCGGAUGGCAACGUCACCACCAGCAGCCUCACCUUCACGCCGCAGCACGAGGACGACGGCGCGGUGUUGCGAUGCCAGGCAGAGACUCACGCCGACCUGUCUAAGCUGGAGGACACACUCAACCUCACCGUGCACUACCUGCCCACCGCCUCGGCCAGGUUCGGCUCUUCGCUGGACGCCUCCAACAUCAAGGAAGGCGACGACGUUUACUUCGAGUGCUCCGUCCACGCCAACCCGCCAGUCUCACACGUCAGCUGGCGGCACAACAACGUGGCGCUACAGCACGAGCUCGAGGCCGGCGUGAUCGUGAGCAACGUGAGUCUAGUGCUGCAGGGCGUGAAGCGGGAACAGGCCGGCCGCUACUCCUGCCACGCCCACAACGAGGUCGGGGACGCCGGCUCGCCUCCCCUCAGGCUGGACGUCAAGUACGCCCCCGUGUGCGCGCCGGGGCAGGUGACACGCUACGCCGUGAGCCACAACGAGGAUGCGGAGGUGACGUGCUCGGUGCAGGCCAACCCGCUGCAGGCCACCUUCCACUGGACCUUCAACAACACGGCGGACACCAUCGACGUACCGCAGGGCCGCUACACCUCCUCCAGCAGCCACAGCGUCAUCACCUACACGCCCAUCGCCGCCCUCGAUUACGGGACGCUGCUCUGCUGGGCUUCCAACGCCAUCGGCACGCAGCAGGAGCCGUGCGUCUUCCAAAUCUUGCCUGCCGGUAAGCCGGAGCCGCCCAGGAACUGCACGGCGGGCCAGCGAACGCGCACCUCCGUCAGGGUGAAGUGCACGGCGGGGAACAGUGGGGGGCUGCCGCAACACUUCCUGCUUCAGGCCACCAUGGAAGACGGCGCCCACCACGCCUUCAACCUCACCGCCUCCAGCCCAACUUUUUUCGUGGAGGGGCUGCGUGCUGGAGGCCGCUACCGCCUCACCGUCUCGGCCUACAACCAGAAGGGCUCCAGCCGCCCCGUCCCGCUCAUCCUAACGGGGCCGCCUCGCUCCUCCGGCUCCUCCUUCCAGGCCCGCGACGGGCCAUCAGAGGCAGAGGUUCGGGAUGGCAAGAACGGCGGCGGCGGCAGCGGCGGAGGUGGCAGCGGUAACGGGAGCAGAGGCGGCGAGGCGGGCGAGGGCGGCGGCCGCAAGAAGUACCUGGGAGUGCUGUCCAUGAACUCGCUCAUCCCCGCGGCCCUUGGCAUCGGUGCGGGGCUCAUCCUCAUCAUCAUCGUCCUCAUCCUCCUCAUCACCUUCCGCACGCGUCGUCCCGCCCGCCGCCGCCACUCCCGCCACGAGGACUCCCCCAGCAAGGAGUCCGACGCGGGUGACACUGCCACCACCACGCCCACCACCGUCCCCGCGCACCACCACCACCACCCGCACCACCACCAGCACAUCCUCCUGGCGGCCGCCGAGCAUCAGUCACCCAUCACCACACACCACACCACCACCUGCCUAGAGAGGGAGACACAGGUAGGAUGAUUUUUUACCCUCUGUAAUACUGUACAAUAGCACACUAACUCUUACACACAAACUCACAAACACUAAUUCAUUGACACUAUACUCUGUGCA